AUGGCAUCCUCCUCUUCCUCCUCCAAGUAUUUUGUGCCUGAUCUCACCCAGGACGAUGUUCCUGGUGGUGCCUGCUGUGUGGAUGAAACAACUUUCGCCACACAAUUCCCCAGCUAUCUAGAGAGCUACAUCCGCAGCGUAUGGCCGGCCGUGGAGACGAUCUUGGGACAACACCAAUUGGUCGGCAAGCUAGACUUGAUGGAGGGCUCCAUGACGGUAGCGACAACGCGGAGAACAUGGGAUCCCUACGUCGUUGUAAAGGCCCGAGACUUUAUUCGAUUACUAGCCAGAAACGUUCCUCUUGCACAGGCGCAAAAGAUUUUUCAAACUGACAUCACGUGCGAUAUUAUCCCCAUUUCUAUGAAGGGCAACAGCACGCGUCGAUUCAUCAGGCGCCGGGAUCGUCUCAUCGGUCCAAAAGCGCAGACACUCAAGGCGUUAGAGAUCCUCACCGGUUGUUAUGUUCUUGUGCAGGGAAAAACUGUGGCGGUGAUGGGACCAGUGAAGGGGUGCCAACAGGUGCGAAAGAUUGUUGACGACUGCAUGAACAAUAUUCACCCUAUUUACGGUCUGAAGCAGCUCCUCAUUAAACGCGAGCUCGCCAAGCGCGAGGAUUUGCGACAUGAGGACUGGAGCCGCUUUGUGCCUGUCUACAAGAAGAGCGUGCAGAACAAGGAGAAAGCAAAGGUGGUGCGAAAGGCCAAGAAGGAGCGGCUGCGAGAAGCUGUGAAAAAGCAGGCAGGUAAGGAGAAGUCUAUCUUUCCGCCUGCUCCACCUAAGCGUAAGGAGGAUAUUGCUAUGGAGAGUGGUAAGGCAUUCCUUUUUCGCAAGCAGCAGCGGCAGCGGCAAAUGAAGCGUGAUGACUACCAAAUUGAGUGA